AUGAGAGGCAACAAUAAUGGACUGUUUCAUUUAUGGUUCGCAUCCUCCCUUCUUUUGGGGUGUGGCGUUGGUCUUUCUGUGGGACAGAACGAUACAGAACCAGUGGUUUUGGAGGGAAAAUGUUUGGUGGUAUGUGACUCGAACCCAUCCGCAGAAGGAGGGGUAACAUCUUCUUUCGGAAUAUCUGUGAGAGCUGCCGGAGCUAAAGUGGCGUUUUCUGCAGUUAGAGGUACAAACCACGAGCCCUCUGAUAUGAGCAACCAGUCAAUGACCAUCUACUUCGAUCAGGUGCUUGUCAACAUUGGUAACCAUUUCGAUCUCAGAUCCAGCGUAUUCCUGGCACCAAGAAGAGGGAUAUACAGUUUUAGUUUCCACGUUGUGAAGGUUUACAAUCGGCAAACUAUACAGGUAAACCUGAUGCACAACGAGUACCCAAUUAUAUCAGCUUUCGCUGGCGACCAGGACGUGACAAGAGAAGCAGCCAGCAACGGGGUUCUCCUUCACUUGGAGCGCGAGGACAAGCUCUACCUUAAACUGGAACGCGGGAAUUUGAUGGGCGGAUGGAAGUACUCCACAUUCUCUGGCUUUCUUGUAUUCCCACUUUAAUUAUUUUCCGGACACUUUGUGUCAUGCAACCCUCGUUUGCAAUUGGGAUAACGCCCAAGGAUGUAUUUACUUACUCAGCACUUCCUGAGAAUAACACUUGAGGCACAAAAUAUCGAAACUGUGAAAGUGUAAGCUAUAUGCUGAAAAUAUUAAGAUGACCUGGAAGUGAGUCU